AUUUCCGGGUCACUCACAAGUAGGCUAGCGAAUAACUUUAACAACUUUACGGUGUAUGUAGUUUAUGUUGAAAACUACAACCUGUCGGUCUGUUACGUGAUGUCGGGUGUUCUCAAAAGGAUGAGGAAACAGUUGUUUGCAGUAUUGUUGUUGUUAGUUAUAUGUUUUAUUUAUCUAGCGUUCAACAGUAAAUACGCAUUUAAACAAAUUAUAAAGUUUACUUCUGGUGAAACAAAGGUUCAGGAUAAAAAACGUUUCAAGUUCCAAACAUUUAAUAAACGAAAUCUACAAGGUUACGGAAAUCCUGCUUCAUACCAACGGUUGCUGUUGCAGAUGUAUAAUUUCCCUGCUAAGAAUUUUGUUAAGGUAGAUGAUAAAAUGGCGGAUGAAUAUUUUAUAGAAAAUGAGGAGAAAUUAUUGGCUGAUCCUCCAUUAGUGAAAAUAGAAGACAUAUCAAAUCCCAAAUAUUCGGUGCUCACAACAAAACGUGUUUAUUAUGUCUUGGGUGAAACAAUAGACAUUUUAAUACAGAUGAACAAUGGGUAUCAAAAACCCAAAACGCGUGGUGGUGAUGACGUGAGAGUAUGGAUGGCGAAUAGUGAUUCAUCAUGUGCAGCGGAAGUAACAGAUCUCAACAAUGGAACGUAUCGUGCAAGGCUGAAAGCUCUUUGGUCAGGAGAGGCUUCCAUACAGGCUGCCCUUGCCUUCUCCCGCGAAGAAGCGAGAGUGCUUUUGGACAAUCGUCGAAAAUUGAAAGUAAUGAGAUAUUCAAUUGCAAAAUAUGCAAAAAAUGAAGAUAGUGGGGAAUUAACUUUCUGUUCGCCGUUUUCUGAUAUACCUUUAGUCCACGAUGUAUGCAAUUUUACUAAAUUGAACUCCAACCCUUAUUACUGUGGCGUUCCGUAUUCCCAUAAUUUAAACUGUUCUGAUUGGAAGGAAGUUUAUACGGUUCGAUACAGUAAGCAGGUUAUGACAACCCAAGAAAGAAAGCUCUUGUCGCGAAAAAGUCGUUUAAUAAUGUUUAAAGAUUCCAUUACAGUGCAUAUAGAGAAUGGUCCCAUGAUCAACUUGCCAAACUGUAGUCACAUUAAGAAAUCGCUUACCUGGACAGACACGGCCCCGAGAGGGCACUUUAAGAAGCAUAUCUGGUACCCCUCGUAUUGCCAAAGAACGAUAACCCCCCGCAGCUUGCGCAGAUGUAUUACCAAUACAACAAUAACCUUAAUAGGGGAUUCUACUGUUAGACAGUGGUAUGAAUCUAUUAUUAAAAUAACGAACUGUUCCAAUGACAUAUAUGACAGUGUGUCUAAAACAAAAAGGAGUGGAAGAAGGUGUUUGGACAAGGAGUUAAAUUACAAAGUUACUUUUGGCCUUCACGGCUUCCCAUAUUCUGUUGCAAAUUCCAUGGAUGCGAUUGCGAAUAUUAUCAGUUUUCAAAAACGACUGGAAGCGAUACAUGUUCAGGGAAAACAUUUUGUCAUUCUUCAUAUGUACUUGCAUUUCUUGUUUUUUCAUACCAGCAUUUUUGUGUCGCAAGUUAGAUCCCUAAGGGAUACAAUAGUAAAUUUGUUGAAAAAGGAACCCCAUGUGAAAAUCGCUAUCAAAGGUCCGCAUGCAUUUUAUGACGCUGACAAUAAACCUAUAGUAAAGAAUGACUAUUUAGGAAAGGUGUACAUACAUAUACUAAAGACAGAGUUGUUUGAACUUAGAGACAGGAUAUGGUUUAUGGAUUUCUGGGAUAUGUCUGUUUCCGCAAAGAAUUACCCCAUACAUCCCGCAAAAUGGUUCGUCAAUGAAAAUGUUAAACUUUUCUUUGACUAUGUUUGUUAAUUAUAAAAUCAUUCUACAUACAAUCAUCUAUUUAGGAAAUGAUUUCAAUAUACAGAGUAUGUAUAUACUUAAUGUCUCUGAUUAUCAAAGGGAAUUGAAAUGAAAUGGGGUUUAACGUCCUACUGUUCUGCCCCGACUGGGCUAAUGAAGACGGGCAUACAGUUUGCUUUGAGGUAAAUUUUGCCAACUGCCAAGGAAUCUUUUACGUGCACCCCAAUGUGUAUAUGGUACCUCGGUUUUUCAUCCCAUUCGAACGGUCUCCAACGCGAUAUGUCCGAAAAUGUUUCACUUACAUCCUUUGCAGGCGAUUUGAAUGGGGUGUGGUCAGAAAUCGUUUGACGACUCUCUUUUUAAUCAAAGGGUGGGGGUCAAGUGUCAUGGUUUCCAUUCCCCGCUUGUACGUUACAAGGAGUAGGAUCACCUGUGUAACCUCAUGAGUUUUUUCCGGGUCCUCCGGUUUCCUUCCAUUUCUAAAGACACCUACGCGCAGGCGAAUUAUUGAAAUAAAUUGAACCAUAUGUUAGUCCCGAAUUUGUGUCGAGCGGACGUUAAACCCUCUCUCCCUCUCUCUCUCUCACUCACUCUCUCUCUCUCUCUCUCUCAUCAGAUUGCAUAUAAGCCUGGUGUUUAUUCCACCUCCAAUAUAUUGAUUCUGUUUUCUUAAUGAACUGUUAAAUAAUUAAUUUUUGUAAUUUUCGCGUGGAUUAAGCAGUGAAAAAUUAGAUAUUGUACGAUUGUGCAAAUUUUAAAGGUUGACGAAGGGGUUUAAAAAAUACACAGCACGAAUGUUUAUUAUUUAGACAAAUAAGAACUAGAUGCAAAAAG